AUUGAACCAGACCAAAGCCCAAGCUCACGCAAAUGGCGGGGAUGAGCUGUUAAGAGUCGACGACCAACGGCCAACGGCCUCCUCCGUCAUCAACUCCUUCCUUCUUUUGAUCUGUUCCUCUUCUCUGUUCAGUUCAAUCCACCGGUUGCCUUUCCUUCUUGUUCGUGGAGGAAUCAUGCUCCGAUCGACCUUCACUCCCGUCUUCACCCACUUUCCGACCAAAUCCAGAAUCCAAGAACUCCUUUCUCAGCCGCUUGCCUGCAUCUCAACAGAAGCUCUUCUACCAGUUCGACGAAAUGCCGCACAGAACGCUGCCUCCAUAGUCCAUUCCAUACUGGAGCCUCCACGGUCUGCUUACAUUCAUCUCCCUUUCUGCCGAAAACGCUGCCAUUAUUGUGACUUCCCGAUCGUCGCCCUUGGCUCCACAACCCAGCCUGAAGACGACCCCCGAAUCCAUAAUUACACACAGCUGCUCGCCCGCGAAAUCGAGGCCACGAGGGUCGAGUUCGAGUCUAGCCCUCCUCUCGACACAGUCUUCUUUGGUGGUGGGACGCCAUCUCUGGUGCCCCCUAGGCUCAUUUCUUCGAUUCUGGAGCUGCUCAAGACCAAAUUUGGGUUAAGUUCUGAUGCUGAGAUAUCUAUGGAGAUGGACCCUGGUACUUUCGAUGCCGAGAAGCUCAUUGGGUUAAUGGAGUUGGGUGUGAACAGGGUGUCCUUAGGUGUUCAGGCAUUUCAAGACGAACUGUUGAAGGCAUGUGGAAGAGCUCAUGCGCUAAGAGAGGUUCACGAGGCAAUUGAGAUUGUCAAGUCCUGCGGGGUUCAGAAUUGGAGCAUGGACCUCAUCUCCUCUCUCCCUCACCAAACACAGGAUAUGUGGGAAGAGAGUCUGCAGUCCACGGUCGAAGCCCGUCCCACCCACGUAUCGUUAUAUGAUUUACAAGUCGAGCAGGGCACAAAGUUCAGUUCUCUGUACACACCAGGGGAAUUUCCUCUGCCUUCGGAUUCACAGUCUGCAGAUUUUUAUAGGACAGCUUCAAGGAUGCUCUCUGCUGCAGGUUACACCCAUUACGAGAUCAGCAGUUACUCCCUCGAAGGGUUCGAGUGCAAGCACAACUCUACUUAUUGGAAGAGUCUGCCUUUCUAUGGUUUCGGUCUUGGUUCUGCCAGUUACAUUAAUGGUUCAAGGCUUUCGAGACCGAAACGAAUGAAAGAGUACACGAGCUAUGUGCAGAAUUUGGAGGACGGACUCGCAGAUAGCAAUCCCAAUGACAGUAAUCGUCAUGUUGAUGUUAAUGAUUUGGCCAUGGAUAUUGUGAUGCUGUCUCUGAGAACUGCAAGAGGUUUGAAUUUGAGAUCAUUCAGAGAAGCAUUCGGUGACCCUCUCACACUCUCCCUUUGCGAGGUCUACAGACCUUAUGUGGAAAGCGGGCAUGUAGUUUUCUUGGGUGAGGACAGGAGACUCCUGAAAGUAGAUGAACUUAAAGCCUUGCUGUCGGACGAGGAGAUCGCAAGGCAAGUUGCCUAUAUGAGACUCAGUGACCCUGAUGGCUUUCUUUUGUCGAACGAACUGAUAUCCCUUGCAUUCGGGAUGAUAGCUCCAUAAUCUGAAACCUUGGACUGGCUAGGAUUAAGACGACUCAUAAUUUUCCAAAUCUUACAUUGCUGUUUCUCGGAAAGCUUUACAGUCUUAUCUGAGAGGAGAUUGCAUUAAAAAGCUAAAGGAGAUGGAAUGACAAUCACGGCACAUGCGUAUAUUAGAGAUUAUGUACAUCUCUCUGAUGGAAUAGUAUCAGAUUGAACUCUGGCUCAGACCCGAGUUAAAUGCUACAUGGAAAGAUAGAAACUAAGCAACUAUUUCGGGGACUCCUAAUGAAUUUUUCACCUCAGCGCGUCAAGAUGGAAAGCAAUUGUACCAGAAGCCCCCCCAGGCAGGAGUCAGGCCUGCAUAAAUGUAUCUAUGAGGCCAGUUGUAACACCGAUCUAUUUAUGUAUUGUACAUUGUCGUGCAAGAACCUGCAAUAUUACAUUAUCAGGCAUAAUAAAA